GUGUCUCGCAAGAAUUUUGUAUGCUGUUACCUGAUUACCAGGCAUCAUAGAGGGCAGUUAGAAGUAUUUAGAGAUCGUAUUUCUGUUGACAAUCCUGUGGUUUUAAGUAAGGUUGAGCUUCAAAUUUCAACAUUAACCUGAUCGUCGCCGUAAGUAACUUAACACAAUGUAGUAACCUAGCUAAUUACGUUACUGUAACUAACGAUAGCUCGUGUAGCUAGCUAACAGGUCUGGGGGAUAUUAAUCCAAUAUUUCCUUAGCAAAAUGCGUGUAAUGUCUAUAACUCACAAGAUAACCAAUGAUUACAUCACUGUUGUUUACAACUCCAUUUACAUCAACGUGAGGUUAUUAGCCAGCUAUCUUAGUCAGACAUAACUUACCUAAUUAACUUCCAUUAGAUAGCUAUCGCUAGCUAUCAUUUUGAGAUAGCAUAACGUUAUCUAAACUGUGGUGUUGGACGGUGUCGAGCUGUCAUUCUCGUUGUUAACUUUAUGCAUAGAUGAUGACCUCACUUUGACACUAUAAAUUGACUUAUGUGAAUAAUAUUUAAUUGGCUAUAUAUCGUUGCAACAGAAGGUGCACUUGUCUGCUUUGCAUGAUGCAUAUGUGACUAGGACGUUUUACAAACCAUGUAACGUUAACGUUAAUUGGCCAACGUCACUAACUUUAGCUAAUUAUCCAGAUACAUCAAGGGCAGCAAUUCAGAUCCAGCAGUAUGAGUGCGGUCACUAUGCGUCUUGGUUGACAUCCCAUACGUAUGGCAUGAAGUAGGAAGCUUUACAAGAGGCAGCGUUUUUCUUACUAUAACGAGACUGCUAUAACCGAGUAACGUUAGAUGGCAGCAUCAAGAGGCUUAUGAAUGUGAUGCUGAAGAACAAUGAGACUUGCAACAGUCAAAAUGUUCUGCAUGGAGCCAAUUUCCACCUAGCAGGCGAGUCGCCGUCAGUCUCCGAAAAUGAGUCGAGGGGUCGCUAUCAACGGGUUCAGCUAACAUUUUUCCUCGCAGAUGUCGUUUCAAGAAGUUCAGUUACGCCAUAACUGAAUUAUUACUAAGUAACCACAGUAUAGACAGACACAGUCAGCUCUGUGCUUAUGGCGGAGUUUACGGAAAACUGCGGGUUAACCUCAUCGGCUCUUGAGGAGAAGGCUACCGUACCCAGUGAUGAAACAGACUGGAAAGGACAGUGCGAAGUAUCGGUCUCAAAUGGGGAAUGUGGGUUACCGUCAGACAUGGUCGUUUCUGCCAUACCUGACAGCGAAGGGCUGGAAACGGCAAACACCUCUGUGUUGGAUGCCAAAUCUGGAAUACCUAGGCGGACCAGUAUUAUCAAGGAUGGCUCAAGGCAGCGGAAGGAAAGGAAGAAAACCGUCUCAUUCAGCAGUAUGCCCACAGAGAAGAAGAUCAGCAGUGCCAGUGACUGCAUCAAUGCCAUGGUGGAAGGGUCCGAGUUGAGGAAAGUGCGGUCCAACUCCCGUGUGUACCAUCGGUACUUCCUCCUGGAUGCUGAUAUGCAGUCCCUCCGAUGGGAGCCUUCCAAGAAGGAGUCUGACAAGGCCAAGAUCGACAUCAAAUCUAUUAGAGAGGUGCGAACUGGCAAGAACACGGACACCUUCAGAACCAACGGCGUUUCUGAUCAGAUAUCAGAGGAUUGUGCAUUCUCGAUCAUCUGUGGAGAGAACUAUGAAUCCCUGGACUUGGUAGCGAAUUCUGCAGAUGUGGCCAAUAUUUGGGUAACUGGACUCAGGUAUCUGAUAUCAUAUGGGAAACACACAUUAAACAUGAUUGAAAGCAGCCAGAACAACUUGCGAACAUCCUGGCUUAGUGAACUCUUUGAGGAAGCUGAUGUCAAUAGUAGCAAACACCUUAGUUUGUGUACUGCUCUACAGCUGAUCAAAAACUUAAGCCCUGGACUCAAAAACGUGAAGAUUGAGCUCAAGUUCAAAGAAUUGCACAAGUUAAAAGAAAAGAUUGGGUGCGAUGUGAGUCUGGAAGAGUUUACUGAGGUCUUCCAUGACCUUUGCACAAGACCAGAAAUUUACUUUUUGCUCGUCCAAUUCUCCAGUAACAAGGAAUUCCUUGAUACUAAAGACUUAAUGAUUUUUUUGGAGGCAGAGCAAGGCAUGGCCCAAGUCAGCGAGGACACCAGUCUGGAGGUCAUUCAGAAGUACGAACCCUCCAAAGAGGGCCAACAGAAAGGCUGGCUCUCCCUCGAUGGAUUCACCAAUUACCUCAUGUCGUCUGAGUGCCACAUUUUUGAACCAGAACAAAAGACAGUUUGCCAAGACAUGACCCAGCCACUGUCUCACUACUACAUCAAUGCAUCCCACAAUACCUAUCUGAUCGAGGAUCAAUUCAGGGGACCCUCUGACAUCACAGGAUAUAUCCGUGCUCUGAAGAUGGGCUGCCGUAGUGUAGAGCUGGAUGUUUGGGACGGGCCAGACAACGAGCCGGUCAUUUACACAGGACAUACAAUGACCUCACAGAUCGUCUUCCGCAGUGUCAUAGACAUCAUUAACAAAUACGCAUUUGUUGCUUCUGAGUACCCUCUGAUUGUCUGUUUGGAAAACCACUGUUCCUUAAAGCAGCAGAGGGUCAUGUUUCAACACCUCAAAAAAAUAUUGGGAGACAAACUCUACACAGACACCCCCAAACCUGAGGACAGUUACCUACCCUCUCCUUCAGCCUUGAAGGGCAGAAUUCUUCUGAAGGGUAAGAAGUUGCCCCCUUCGUGUACAAGUUCAGAGGGUGAAGUGACUGACGAGGAUGAAGGGGCUGAGAUGUCCCAGAGGAUGAGCAUUGAUAGUAGUGAGCAGCAAACAGUCACCUUGCCCAAGAAAUUCCAGCUCUCCAAAGACCUCUCAGACCUGGUGACUUUGUGUAAAUCCAUUGAGUUCAACGACUUCCCAAAGGCAUUUCAGAACCAGAAGCACUGGGAACUGUGCUCAUUUAAUGAAGUUUUUGCAGGCCGAUGUGCCACAGACUUCCCUGGGGACUUUGUCAACUACAACAAGAAAUUCCUGGCUCGUGUGUACCCUAGUCCAAUGCGAAUAGACUCCAGCAAUAUGAAUCCUCAGGACUUCUGGAAGUGUGGCUGCCAGAUAGUGGCUAUGAAUUACCAAACCCCUGGUUUAAUGAUGGACCUGAACAUUGGCUGGUUCAGGCAGAAUGGAAAUUGUGGCUAUGUUCUGCGUCCAGCCAUUAUGAGGGAACAGGUUUCUUAUUUCAGUGCCAAUACUAAAGAUUCAGUGCCCGGUGUGUCUCCCCAACUCUUGCACAUAAAGAUCAUCAGUGGACAAAAUUUCCCUAAACCUAAGGGCUCAGGUGCCAAAGGGGAUGUUGUGGACCCCUAUAUUUAUGUGGAGAUCCAUGGCAUUCCUGCAGAUUGCGCUGAACAAAGGACUAAAACUGUCAAUCAAAAUGGGGACAAUCCCCUUUUCGAUGAGAGUUUUGAGUUUCAAAUCAACCUCCCGGAGUUGGCAAUGGUACGCUUUGUGGUGCUGGAUGAUGACUACAUUGGGGAUGAGUUCAUUGGCCAGUACACGAUUCCUUUUGAAUGCCUGCAGCCAGGCUUUCGCCAUAUUCCACUUCAGUCACUCACUGGAGAAGUCCUUCCUCAUACCUGGCUGUUUGUGCAUGUGGCCAUAACCAACCGCCGAGGUGGGGGCAAACCCCACAAGAGGGGUCUGUCUGUAAGAAAGGGUAAGAGGAGCCGCGAGUAUGCCACCAUGAGGAUACUGCUCAUAAAGAAUGUGGAUGAUGUCUUCAAGACUGCUACACUCCCACUAAGAGAAGCCACAGACCUCAGAGAAAAUGUGCAGAAUGCAAUAGUGUCCUUCAAAGAGCUCUGUGGUCUGUCGGCGGUGGCGAACCUGAAGCAGUGCAUACUGGCUCUGUCGUCUCGUCUGGCAGGGCCAGACAACACUCCUGUCCUGCUGUUUAACCUGAAAGACCAGUACCCCUCCAUGGAGCCCCAGGGUGUCCUCCCAGAGGUGCUGAAGAAGGUUAUCACGGCUUAUGACACGAUGAUCCAGACCAGUAAAACACUAUUGGAAAAUUCUGAGGGGGUCUAUGAGAGGAUACUUCAAACUCAGAAAGCAGCCAUGGAGUUCCACGAGAACCUACACGACCUGGCCGUGAAGGAGGGCCUAAAAGGCCGAAAGCUGCACAAGUCUGUGGAGAGCUUCACCUGGAACAUCACCAUCCUUAAGGGCCAGGCUGACCUCCUGAAACACGCUCGCAGUGAAGUGCUGGAGAACCUUAAGCAGAUCCAUUACGCCGCUCUCACCUGCCAACUCGCCAAGGGCGGCGGCAUCGGAGGGGGCUCCAGCGGAGGCUCUGAGAACCGCGGUCGCCGCAGCCUGCAGGUCAUCCCCGAGAAGGUGCAGGGCGAAGAAAACACCACGGACGAGGAGAACUGACCGUGACGAAGCGAAAAAGAGAAAGGGGAGAGAAAGAGAAGCAAGAGUGAUGUCUACUCUUCUGUCCUCGUAUCCAUCAGUGUCUAUCCCCCCCACCCCUCCACCCUGUUCUUCUCACCCGCCCACUCCUCGCUUAAGCCCCUCGGAGAAGUCGAUUCCCGGUGAGGUGUGGGAGUGUCACUGGCCGGCGGCAGGAUCGGUCACAGAGCGAUGGUGCCCGUGACGCGUUAAAGCAGAGCCCUCAUGAAAAGAAGCCCAGAAGCCCUCCAUGCCAUGAUUUCAUGGGAGAGGGGGAGAAAAAAAAGCACAAAACAGAGUGAUUUUUAUAUAGGUUGCAAACAGGAACAGUGAAUGUACUAGGAAGCUGAGUGAGGACAGAGCUGUUUACAAAUUAAAUGAUGAACUACUUUGUGUUCUUUCUGCCAAAAUAGUCUGCGAGUUUGGGUGUGUAUAUAGAUGCGUGUGUGUGCGUGUGUGUGUGUGUGUGUGUGUGUGUGUGUGUGUGUGUGUGUGUGUGUGUGUGUGUGUGUGUGUGUGUGUCUGUGCAUGUACAUAAAAUGUAUAUGUAAAUGGAGAUACAUGUUACCUUUUUUGGAAAUGUGCAUCAUUUUACUGGGUAAGAUUUUAUUUUGAUAAAAGAGAGAUUGUUGUCCUAUAAAAAGUGGAUAUAUUAUUUGUGUGUACAGAAGGGCUAAGGGGAGGGGGGACGGAGGUUUUUGAUGAAGUUUAUUCCGUUAAGUGAUCCUUGACCUGUGAUGGUAUUGAGAGGCGCUCUGUUCAGCUGUGGAAACAUAUAUUUGAGAAUUCCGGGGGUCAACGAUGGCAGAGUUUCUAGACCCCAACCAGCAGCCAUUGUGAAAAGGGGCACAGGCUGUGGCUUGCUUCAAAGCAUCGUUCCCUAAGUUGCUGUCGGUCAUUGAAGAUUAAAAGUGAUAUGGUGUACAGUAAAUGCUUCUUAGUCAUUCCUGGUCAAAUAGUAAACCUAUUGAUACUGUUAAAAAUGAAAAAAAUAAAAAUAAAUAAUUAAAAAAAAGACAGAAAACAAUAGUGCCUCGUUGCUACGGUUUCCAGGGAAGGGUUGGGGAAAGAAAGGAGGGCGGGUCUCCCUAUCCUCUCCUUCUCACUGAUGCUCAGCGUACCUUGUGAAGCCAGAUGCCUCUUCUGUCCAGUUUGCUUCUAGUUCCAUUCUUGUGACUGCACGUCCUACGGUUCAUGCCCUUCGGGUUUGUUUCUGCCGUGACGACUUGCUGUGGGACCCAUAGUGAACAGUGUCUUACCUCCAUUUAUUCUCAAUGCUCAGAGGCAUAAACUGGAUAAGUCUAUUUAAAAAAAAAAAAAGAAAUAGAGAAAAAAAGGCAUUCAUACAUUUCAGUGCUGUGACAGUUGGUGUAUUUAUAACUGUAGUUAACUGUUUAUACUGCUGGGGGGGGUUAGCUUUUAACCAGACAACCAGGUUUUGUUCUAAUAUGUUAACCCAAGAGCUCAGAAAUAAACCAUGUCAAAGAAA